AUGGUAUCAAAACAACAUGCUCAUUUGCUAUCUUUGGUCAGAAGUAUGAUUCCACCUCUUUCACCAAAAUUACAUAAAGGUCAAGCUGGCAGGAUCGGUGUACUUGGUGGAUCUGGAGAUUAUUCUGGAGCACCUUAUUUCUCCUCUAUGGGAGCGAUGCGAUUUGGAGCUGAUCUAGCUCAUGUUAUAUGCGAACCUGGCGCUGGAGCUGUUAUCAAAACAUACUCACCCGAUUUAAUCGUUCAUGGUGUUUUGGACCCGUCGAAAUCGAUGGAUCAAAUUAGAGAGGAAUUAAAAGGUAUCAUGGCUCGUUUGCAUGUACUCGUCGUUGGACCAGGCCUUGGACGUUCAGAACAUAUGCAAAACUGCGCUAAAGUAGCUUUUGAAAUCGCAAAAGAGAAUGAACAGAUGGGUGUUGUAGUUGAUGCAGAUGGAUUAUGGCUUGUUCAAAACGAACCACAAGUAGUGAAAGACUGGCCAGGAGUCCCUCGAAUCAUCUUGACUCCUAACGUAAUGGAAUUCAAACGGCUCUGUGAUAAAAUGCAAAUCGACCCUUCCUCAUCUCCCGAAACACUUUGCCCCAAAUUAGCCUCCGCGUUAGGAAACGUAACCAUCAUCCAAAAAGGAUCAACCGACAUCAUCUCAAACGGUCUUGAAAUUCCACAUUCUCUCAGAGUUGAAGGUUCAGAUGAGAAACAAGGUGGACAAGGUGAUAUCUUGGAAAACGAUUCUGAAGGUGGAUUGAAGAGAGUAGGUGGUCAAGGUGAUAUCUUGAGUGGAAGUACGGGUGUUUUAAUGGCUUGGGGAACUGAGUGGGUUAACGGAACUUAUGAACACGUCGGUCAUCCGCCACCCAAAGAUAAAGGAAUAGCAACGAAUAUCCCUCUACUAGCGGCAUAUGGUGCAUCAACAUUCAACAGACUGGUGUCCAAGAGAGGUUUCGAAAAGAAAGGUAGAAGUAUGGUAACUGGUGAUCUCGUAGACCUGGUCGGACCGGUGUACGACGAGCUAUUCGGACAACCUGGUGAGCAGGAAGGAAAGGGAAAGCUCUGA